GGUUUUCUCCUUGGAGAUGUGAAAGGUGAAGCCAAGAACAGCAUUACUGACUCACAAAUGGACGAUGUUGAGGUUGUGUAUACAAUUGAUAUACAGAAGCAUAUUCCAUGCUACCAGUUGUUCAGCUUUUAUAACUCUGCAGGAGAACUGAAUGAACUUGCUCUGAAGAAAAUACUAUCAGGAUGUAAGAAGAGUGUAAUAGGGUGGUACAAAUUCCGACGGAACACGGAGCAGACCAUGACAUUCCGGGAGAGACUUCUUCACAAGAACCUGCAGUCACACCUCUCAAACCAGGGCCUGGUGUUCCUCCUGCUUACCUCCAGCGUGAUGACAGAAACCUGUUCUACUUACAGACUGGAACAUGCCUUACAUCGGCCCCAGGAAGGUCUUUUCCAGAAAGUCCCUUUGGUGGUUACCAACUUGGGGAUGGCAGAACAGCAAGGUUACAGAACAGUGUCUGGUUCCUGCAUGUCUUCUGGUUUUGUGAGAGCAGUAAGAAAACACAGGUCACAGUUCUUUCAUGAAGAUGGAUCCCUGCAAGAGGUUCAUAAGAUCAAUGAGAUGUAUGCCACCUUGCAGGAGGAACUGAAGAAAAUAUGCUUUACAGUAGAAGUCAGUGAACGAUGCGUAGAGAAUCUCUUAGCAGAGGUGAGGCAAUUAAAAGAAGAAAUAAAGAGGAAAAAGCAACAAAGUUGUACAGGUAAAAACUCCUCAGGAGAGCCAAAGGAGAACAUGCUCCUUUGUCAGGCACUGCAAACAUUUUUCCCCAAUUCUGGACUUCAGACAUGUAUUGUUUCCUUCAAAGGCCAACACAUCUCCCAGAACUGCUGUAACAUUGACCAUAACAUUAAUGUCCUGGACAAACUGACUCUCAUGGUAGAGGAAAAGGAUUUCACUGAAGCUGAAAUGAGACAGCAAAGCAAGCGUAAAGCCAGAGGUACCACAGCAGGAGCAAAGGCUCUCAAGAAAUCCAGAUCAUUGCAGCUUCACCAAAAAUCACUUCAAGACCAAGAGGACAGUGACCAAGAAAUGAAGCUUGUGCUGAGUAGCACUGAAACGGAUGAGGAUUUGUUUGAACAGAGAGACACAAACAAAUCCUCACAGUCUCCUACUUUCUGA